AUGUCUUCUCAAGUCUUGUUCAACGCAGAUUUGCAUCAAUAUGGUACCGAGACGACCGCCCCCGCCACCUGCAUAGAAGUCGAUGCUCCCGGCCCGUGGCAGUGCGCUGUCAGUCUCAUUUGUGAUGGGAAUCAUGAUGCCAGUGGUGGGUUACAAGGCGCUUCCUCUUCUUGUUCGUCGCUGACUGGUACCAAAGAGAGGCCGUUCAGAAUUGCAGACGACCUGUACUGUGCCGAAUGUAUCGAAGAUUUCUUCGAGCAGGCAUGCGACCUCAACGGCGGUGCAUACCCGCCGAAGGUCCAGAGGGAGAGACUGAACAUCGACACCUUUGCACAUAGGUUAUCGGCUGGCGUGGUCAACAAGUUUAGGCGGUUAGACGCGCUGGUCAAAUCUACAAAUACGUAUGAGAGGGUGACCUGCCAUUGGCCUUCUACAGCUGCCGAUACACCCACUGGAGAGCUUUGUAACGAGUUUGUGUGCAAACAGCUUCCCACGACUGCAGAGGACAUUCGAGUCCAGUGCCCGAAAUGUCAUGAAUGCCCACCAGAGACAGUAACGCUACAAAAGCUACUGCAGUCCGAAGAACGCAGCCGUGAGCACCAAGUCUGCCCUCAAUGCGGAGAGUUGAUGUAUCUCAAGGCUGGAUGCAACCGCAUAACCUGCAAACGAUGUGACAGCGAAUUUUGCUACAUUUGUGGUCAGGAGGCCGAUGGGUUGAGUGAUCACUGGGUGGCGGGUGGGUGUCCUCGAUGGAACCCGCCCAACCCAGAAGCAGAUGGUCCACAGCCCCAGUGGGAUAACGCACAGGAUAUCCGUCAACAUCAACAAGAAAUCCAACUCGACAGGGAGAUCGAUGCUCGUAUCUGCCUAGUCGUCGAACCCGAAGAUCAUCUCGUGGUAGACUUCGCAAUUCUCCAGCCCGGACCCUCUCGAUGGCGCAAGGUUGCACAGCGGCUCGGCCCAAUUUUGACAAACGCAAUAUUAAAUGGAGAUCGCUCCGAUCUCUUCGCGUGGUUCAUCAUGCUCCAAAUGACCUUGUCGGCCGAUCGGUUGACGCAUUCUUUACACAACGAUGCAGUUGCAGCGGACGAGGAGGACCUUGAAAUUCGUUUCUUGCGGAACCUUUACCUCACCCACCACGCCGCCAAGUUUCGCCAGACCUGGAACAUUCUGCUCUGGCAGUUUCCAGAUAUGUAUGGGCCCGAGUGGGAACAUUUUGAACGCUUUGAGCACUUGCGAAAACUCACUCUUUGGGCUACCCUCCACUGGAACGUACCGCCGACGGCAUUGCCCGUUGCUGACUGGAUUUCAUUUGACCUUGCCACGAUUGAAUCGGUGUUGAUAGAGCUUCGAGACAAAUUUGCGGACUGGUUGGUAGAAGCAGACGACGAUCCUCCUGAAGCUCUGAACUGGAGGACGACAGCAAGGCUUGCCCAAUGUUUGUCUAGCCUCGUAACAACGCUCCGUCUUUGUGAACGACGUACUCCGCCCGAGUUACUUGUUUUAGAAAGGAUGAAUGUCAAAUAUCUCUAUGAAGAGCUGCUCGACAUUUAUAUGGACGAAGUAGUCGGCAUCGUUGGCUUGGAAGACUUUGAAGAGUCUGGACAGGAUCAGCAAAUGUUGUGCAUGAUCAUCGAAGUCAUGUUCGAGAGAACAAUCUCGCUGGGCGAAGACGCCAACGGCAACACGUACUCAGAAGACCAAGCACACAUCAUGUCUGGCCGCCUGUACUUCAGCGAAAUCAGCAAAGUGAUUGAGUACCUGAAGCCGGAUGACCCUCACCCAGAUGAAUGGCCCGACGAGCCAACAGAGGAGCAAUUGGAAGCACGCAAAAGACUACGAGCCAUCGAUGCACUGCGCAGAGCCGUGGGAUUACUCCUGCAAUACGCCAACGGAGACCCGGACGGGUUUGACCAAACGACGGAGUUCACAGAGCUUGAUGAGACUAUGCUGGAGCUGGGCCAAGCAUCAGAGUUGUUGGAUCCCGCAGUACCCAUUACCAUGCUUAUCAUGCCUGUCUUGACGCAUGUGAUCAAUGUCGCUAAUUCGAUUAUGGGCGACGACGAGGUGUCUGAGACAGACUCCGAUGCCUCCUGA